GCGGGGCCAAGGGCUGCCCAGGGCGUGGGAAGCGGGGCCGGGGGGGGGCCCCCGGGGGGAUGGAGGGGGAGCCCUGGGCCCCCCCAUAGAUUGAAGGAGUGGGGUGUUGAGGUUUGGGUACGCCCCAGCUGGGGAGGGGGGGGGAAGGCCUGGUCUUCCCACAAGUGUGUGUGUGAGAUCCCUAAGGCACCCGCUAGCAGAGGGGUGAGCCCAGGACUUGGGGGGGGGGUGAACCCCGGGCCCCCCCCCAUAGCUCGGCAGCGCCCGGCACUGCGGGCUGGGGCGCCCCCUGGCGGCGGCGGCGGGGCCCUGCUGGAGGGCGGAGCGCGCAUGCGCCCUAGCGCUCGGGGCGUGGAGCCGUUCGGCUCCGCUCGGCCCUUCCCGGCUUCCCCCCCCCCCCUCGCCCGCCCCCCGGGGCCAUGGCGGCGGGUCGCCGUUCGCCGCCGGGUCCCUGCUGCCCGUCGCGGGUGGCGGUGCCCAGCGUACACCAGAGCCUGCCCGAGAUGGACUUCGAGCGGGGGAUCUGGUCGGCGGCGCGGGAUGGCGACGAGCCCCGGGUGCUGCGGCUGCUGGAGCGCCGGGGGGAGCCCAGCCAGCCCGACCUGGCGGGGUACACGGCGCUGCAUUACGCCAGCCGCAACGGGCACCUGGGGGUCUGCCGGCUGCUGCUGCAGCGAGGGGCCCACUGCGACGCCCGCACGCCCGGCGGUGCCACCCCCCUGCACCGCGCCAGCUACUGCGGCCACCUCGCCAUCGCUCGGCUACUGUUAGCCCACGGCGCUGACCCGGCCGCCGCCGACCAGGAUGGCCGCACCAGCCUGCACAAGGCGGCUGAGCAAGGUCACCGGGAGCUCUGCGCCCUGCUCCUGCGGCACAGCCCGGCGCUGACCGACCUCCGCGACGCCAAAGGCCGGCGGCCCCGCGACGUGGCCCACGCGGCGGUGUGGGACCUGCUGGACACCUGAGGGGGGGGGACGGGUGUCGCGGGCGGUGCCGCCGGAGACCGUCCCCGACCGAUAAAUGAAACCCCUGGCACCCAA